AUGGAAGGGGAACAAGAGUUGUCAGCUGCUAGGCAGUGGCUGCAAGAAGAUGAGAUGCGCCGGGCUGCUGAGGAGAGGAGGAGGGAAAAGGCUGAAGAGUUAGCAGCCAGACAGAGAGUCCGAGAAAAGAUUGAGAGAGACAAAGCAGAGAGAGCCAAGAAGUAUGGUGGUAAUGUGGGCUCUCGGCCGUCUCCACCAACAGAGCCAGGGCCGGUUCCAUCCUCUCCCAGCCAGGAGCCUCCCUCCAAGCGGGAGUAUGACCAGAGUCGCAUACAGGUCAGGCUGCCAGAUGGGACUUCACUGACCCAGAUGUUCCGGGCAUGGGAACAGCUGGCCGCUGUGAGGCUCUAUGUGGAGCUCCACCGUGGAGAAGAGCCUGGGGGAGACCAGGACCCUGUGCAGUUGCUCAGUGGCUUUUCCCGGCGGGCCUUCUCAGAGGCUGACAUGGAACGGCCUCUGCAGGAGCUGGGACUUGUGCCUUCUGCUGUUCUUAUUGUGGCCAAGAAAUGUCCCAGCUGAGAGGCCUUUAUCCCACCAUCUCUCUCUGACCUCUUCAUCUUUGAUAAAGCACUGACAUCUCCUUCCUAAUAAAUAGACCCUGAGUUC